CGUUUGAAAAUAAAAAAGAACACAAAUAACAGAAAGACAAGGUGUAAGAUGGCGCAGGUUCAGUCCAUUACCUUGAAGCAUCUCUCACUACCAACCCAUACUUUCGUUCCUCCAAAGUUCAACAUUCCUUUGAACCGCAAUUUGUCUUUCACGCCUAAAUUCACAUUCUCAACAUCACUCUCCGUCAGAUGCUACCACCCUAACCUUGUCCAACCCAAGCCAUUCCCACCACUGCCACAACGCCCUCCAGUUGCAGAAUUGCCACAGCAAAGGGUGUACGUGGGUUACUCCGUUUACACGAGGAAGGGCGUGCUCACCGUGACUCCUAGACCUCCGGAAUUUGAAUCGAAAAGUUCUGGGGCGUUCAAAGUGUCCAAGGAAGGUUAUGUUGUGCUCCAGUUUGCUCCCUCAGUUGGUGCUGAUGAGCCCAUAUAUGAUUGGAACCAAAAGCAGAUAUUCUCACUAUCAGUGAGUGAAAUGGGAACUCUAAUUACCCUUGGUGCAAGGGAUUCUUGGGAAUUUUCUCAUGAGACUGUUAAGUUGAAAAGCAAUGAAACUGAAGUUAGAAAAGUUUUGAAGGUGGAGCCACUUCUGGAUGCUACUGGCCACUUAUUUAGCUUAAGGAUUCAGAGUUAAGACCACAGAAAAAGUAAUUGGUGAGAUUGGGUGUAAAAGGAACAGUGAAGGAGGUAUCGUAUUUUUUGGUAUUGGAGUGUGCAGUGUGUGGAGGGUGAAGUUUCUGCUUUUAUUUUGUUAUUAAAAACACGUCUGAUGAUGAAAUUUUCUCUAAGGGUGUUUCUGGAAAGUUCACAGCUGUUUGGAAUUGGUGUGCUAUUGUAAGUGUUUAGAGCUUUUUCAUCGAACAGAUGGGGUGUAGGUGGUUUUGGACACAGAUAAAUGGUGGUGGGGAAAGUAUUCGGUCCAUAUAUUUUGAAAUGCCACAUAAACAGACCAGUAUUUUUUCAAGAUAAUAAAAAAGUGUGAUAUGAUGCAAAUAAUUGAUGACGGUAUCAUGCAGAGUUAUGGCAUUUUGUUUCUUUGGCACUGUAGCUACAGUAUAUAAUUUAUGGCACAUAUGUUGUUUGUGGAGCUACAUUGGUGACGUUUUAGCUGAAUGGAGAAUGGAGUAAAUUCUUGGAGUUUUACUUGCUUUUGAUUAAAGCUUAGAUCUUAUUUGUAUUGGUUUUUUUUUUUUUUCACUUUAUACAUUUGUAAUUUGUUGCAGCCAGCUUGUAUCACAACUUGUGACAGUGCUGGUUUUCAAUAAAAUGAUUCAAUUUUCCUACCAAUAAAAAGUUCUGA